AUGGACGACAACGCGUAUGCUCAGCCAAGCUCAGGCCAGAUGCGCAAUAGUCUCUCGGGAGAUUCGAAUAUGCACGGUGGUCGGCAGCAUAUUGGAACUCCAUCCAGCUCCGGCUACACUCACGAUGUUCCCACCACCUACGCUGCGGUGGCCCCGUUCAACACUUACUCCGCGCCAUAUGAUUCUUCCCUCCCCACGCCGGUAUCCGUGGCUGGAUCUCCUCCGAUGAAUGAACGGACUUCAAAAGCUAUGCGCCCGUACUCCCAGCAUCGCGCGACCUCGCAGCAGCCCACUCCGCCCAGUACUUCGCGCCCGUGGCAGGGCUAUCAAAUGAAUGCCGGGGCGACCUCGCCGAUUGCCCUGCAGCAGCCCAACCCCGACAUGCUGGAGAUGCAUGGCCUGGAAACUCAUUCUCCCGACGACCAUGGACACAUGGUCUCCGAGCCCCCAUUCCAAUGGGGUCAGUACGCGGUUUCCAGCGUCGAGGCGCCAGAUGAGAUGCAGUCCGAGAUGGCACACCCGUCGCUGUUCCCGAUGCCGGGCCUGGUGCCCACAGAUAUGGGCAGGCCUCUGACUAUGACUCCCUCGCAUAUGCCUCUCCCCUCGACGCAAACCCAGGUUCCCGUCCUCAAUCACUCCCCGGACCCGCGAAAUAUAGCCCCUUCGUUAACACCGAUCGAUAACAUGCACCAGAGCUACUCCAGUAUGGCACAUCACCCCCAAGUAAUCAUGGAUUUUGCGCCAUACAGGAGGAAGCCGACCAAAUCCUCGAAGAGUGGACGCUCCAGUAGGUCGGGGAAAAGGUCCCGCGCGCCCAGCCGGAAUGUCGCGAAGCGCGCCGACGUGGCCUCCGUGGGCGCCGAGCAGGCGUCGGCGGACACCACCUCGCCGAAUUCGAAGACGCUCGGUAGGAACAUCACCUUAAAACCCGGCGCCUCCGAACAAGAUCGGUACAUAUUGCAGCUAAGGUGCGAGAUGGACAACGACAAGGGGAAGGGCAUAUGGGAGGAAAUCACAAAGAAGUACGAGGAGCGGUUUGGCAAGAGGAGGCAGGAGUCGCUCCAGAUGAACCUAACUCGAGCUGUAUUAAAAUUCGUGCAGUGGCCGGCCUUCGAGGACGAGGCCCUGAUACACGCUGUCGAGGAGCUAGAUAAGCGCCGCUACUCAGACUUGGCGAAGCUGAUGAAGGAGAAGUACGGAGGCUGCCAGGCCUGGGAGUGGAAAGAGGGACACAUCCUGAAGCGAUUAGUCGAGCUCGGCCUGGAAGAAUUCGACUCGGAAGACGUGAACAAGCCCCGGCGCAAGAAGAGGACGGCGGCCAAACGACCGGGCGACAAGCAGUCGUGGGCCAACCCCAGCGUCGCCUUCCCCUACGAGGAAGACACCCGCACGGUGACCUCGGAGCAGGAGAAGUACAUCCUGGAGAACUACUGCAAGCAGGAAGCGGAGUCGCCCAGCGCGGACAUGAUGCACGGCCUCGUGGAGCACCCGGGCUCGCUGUCCGCCCGGGGGAGCGUGGACCGCGACCCGUCGGAGAGCCACAGCGAGCGGGUGGCCAAGCAGGCCUGCGACGAGAUCCUGUCCAAGAGGAACGAGCAGAUGUACGGCGUGCUCGCGAUGGACGGCCGCCACCACCAGAUGUCGUAG